AUGCUUAAUAUAAGUAACGUGGCACACUCAAUUCUCACCGAAGAAAACGACAACUAUAAUAGUAAUAACAAUAAUAACAAUAGUCUAUUGCUCAAUGAUUUUUCCUUCCAUUCGGAUGAUAUUAUUAUUAAUGGAUCACUGCAGUAUGCUGUUUAUGAUACGACAUUAUUCGAUGUGCUCAAAGUUGAUCCGGAAGACUUCGCUGUAAGUAUCUUAUCAUUUCGAAAAUAAACGAGAAAGCAUAACACGUCAGAAGCUUUCUUGUGUUGCUGAUCGACGAUUGAUUGAGCAAACUUUCGAACAUCACAUAAUC